GUUCCUUAUUUCAUUUCUCGAUUAGCCCGUUGAGUGUGCGACGGCGGGAUCGUCUCGCCAGUUCAGUUUACGUUCAACCGGCAAACGGUACUGACAGUUUUAAUAUUAGUCGUAGGAAACUUUAAAUUAAAUAAACACAAACAUGAGGGAAAUAGUGCACCUUCAGGCCGGACAGUGCGGGAACCAGAUUGGCGCAAAAUUCUGGGAGAUCAUAUCCGAGGAGCACGGCAUCGACCCGACGGGCGUGUACAAGGGCACCAGCGAUCUGCAGCUCGAGCGCAUCUCCGUAUAUUAUAAUGAGGCUUCUGUUGCGACGGCGGAGAGCGGCGGGAAGUACGUCCCCCGCGCCAUACUCCUCGACCUUGAACCCGGCACCAUGGACGCCGUCCGCUCCGGCGCAUACGGCCAACUCUUCCGCCCGGACAAUUUUGUAUUCGGCCAGUCCGGCGCCGGCAACAACUGGGCCAAGGGACACUACACAGAGGGUGCAGAACUCGUCGACGCAGUACUAGACGUGGUUCGCAAAGAGUGUGAAAACUGCGACUGCCUCCAAGGAUUCCAGCUCACACACUCCCUCGGUGGCGGCACCGGCUCCGGUAUGGGCACACUCCUCAUCUCCAAGAUCAGAGAAGAGUACCCCGACAGAAUUAUGAACACAUAUUCAGUUGUACCCUCGCCCAAAGUGUCAGAUACAGUAGUAGAACCAUACAAUGCAGUCCUCUCUAUUCAUCAGCUAGUCGAAAACACAGACGAAACUUACUGCAUAGACAACGAAGCUCUCUAUGACAUCUGCUAUAGGACCCUCAAAGUACCUAACCCCACGUACGGCGACCUCAACCACUUGGUGUCGCUCACCAUGUCCGGGGUCACGACGUGUCUCAGGUUCCCUGGUCAGCUGAAUGCGGAUCUCCGCAAGCUGGCCGUCAACAUGGUACCCUUCCCACGUCUCCACUUCUUCAUGCCCGGUUUCGCGCCGCUCACAUCCCGCGGCAGCCAACAGUACCGUGCCCUCACCGUGCCAGAACUCACACAACAGAUGUUCGACGCCAAGAACAUGAUGGCGGCAUGCGACCCGCGUCACGGCCGCUACCUCACCGUCGCCGCCAUCUUCCGCGGCCGCAUGUCCAUGAAGGAGGUGGAUGAACAGAUGCUGUCCAUUCAGAACAAGAACAGCAGCUUCUUCGUCGAGUGGAUCCCCAACAACGUGAAAACAGCUGUCUGCGACAUACCUCCCAAAGGGCUGAAGAUGUCUUCGACGUUUAUCGGGAACACAACCGCCAUCCAGGAGCUGUUCAAGAGAAUAUCUGAGCAGUUUACUGCUAUGUUCAGGCGCAAGGCUUUCCUCCAUUGGUACACUGGUGAGGGCAUGGACGAGAUGGAGUUUAACGAAGCGGAGAGCAAUGUGAACGAUUUGGUGUCCGAAUACCAGCAGUAUCAGGAGGCCACAGCUGAGGACGACACGGAGUUUGAUCAGGAAGACAUGGAGGAGCUCGCGCAGGAUGAGCAGCACGACUAGGCCCGUCAAGACUGAACAGCCUUUGCUAUGAGCGGUCUUUCACAGCUGGUGAUUCACCGGGCGAGGACGUUUCGUCCGAGACACUUCUACUUUCUUCUGGAUAUCUGUAUCGUUCUUAUAUUUAGCCAUUUCCUCGCCGGAAACUCUAUUGUAUAUCAUUUUUUAUAUUUCCGAGAUUAGAGGUUAGGUCUUUUGCAUACAAUGUCAAAUUUUUUAUACCAAAACCGUUCUACAUGGACUGACGAACUGAAAAUCUGGUUUUGUACUAAUCCGUCAAUGACAUUGACGAAUAAUAUAGUGCGAAAUAUGGAAGCAAUUAAUGAAUAGUAUUAUUCGAUGGUUUUUUUAUUCAAAAUGAAUUUUAAUGUAAUGAUAAGUCGGAAAUGUUAAUGCGAGACGUACCAAUCAGUGCAUUUCUUAGCAUAAGUUACUAUAAUGUCUUUGUAUGCUUUUAUAUGUAUAUUAAUUUAUAAUUAAACGUUUUAAACAAUA